ACACCCCCCGGCCCCGGCACAGCGACGCUGAGGACCCCCGCGCUCGUCGCACCUCCGAGCACUGCCCCGCUGUGCUCCCCAGCCGGGGCUGAGACCCCCCGCGCUCAUCGCACCCCUGCUCCCCCGUGGGGGCUGAGACCCCCGCACUCAUCGCACCCCCGCUGCCCCGCGGGGGCUGAGACCCCCGCACUCAUCGCACCCCUGCUGCCCCGCGGGGGCUGA